AUGCAGCUUCCUCUCUUCAUCAAGGUGCUUCCUCUCUUGAUCAAGAUGCUUCCUCUCUUCAUCAAGAUGCUUCCUCUCUUCAACAAAGUGAUUCCUCUCUUCUUCAAAGUACUUCCUCUCUUGAUCAAGAUGCUUCCUCACUCAUCAUGCAGCUUCUCUCUUGAUCAAGUGCUUCCUCUCUUCAACAAAGUACUUCCUCUCUUGAUCAAGAUGCUUCCUCUCUUCAUCAAAGUGCUUCCUCUCUUCAACAAAGUACUUCCUCUCUUGAUCAAGAUGCUUCCUCUCUUCAUCAAGGUGCUUCCUCUCUUCAUCAAGAUGCUUCCUCUCUUGAUCAAGGUGCUUCCUCUCUUCAUCAAGGUGCUUCCUCUCUUCAUCAAGAUGCUUCCUCUCUUCAACAAAGUACUUCCUCUCUUGAUCAAGAUGCUUCCUCUCUUGAUCAAGUGCUUCCUCUCUUCAUCAAGUGCUUCCUCUCUUCAACAAAGUACUUCCUCUCUUGAUCAAGAUGCUUCCUCUCUUCAUCAAGUGCUUCCUCUCUUCAACAAAGUACUUCCUCUCUUGAUCAAGUGCUUCCUCUCUUCAAAAGUUUUCCUCUCUUGA